AUGGCCCCAGCUCGGACAGAUGACUUGGGCGCAAGGAAGCCGCGCGUCGUGGCCCUCGGCACCCCAAAAUACGUUGGCGACGACUACCUCGCCGACUUCAAGACCGAGUUCGACUACUCCGUACUCGAGGCCACAGACCGAGCGGAGACGAUAGCCAUGCUUCCAGAGGACAUUGAGAAGAACGGGCCUAUUGACGCAUUCAUCAUCCGCAUGGGCACGCCGCCGUACGAACCCUUCGACCGGGGUCUCUUGAGCGCGCUGGCGCCCAACUGCAAAAUCAUUACGUCAGCCAGCGCCGGGUACAACGAGUUCGACGUCGAGUGGAUGGCCUCGGAGGGCAUCUGGUUCUGUAAUACCGUCGACGCCGUGGCUGAGGCGACGGCGGAUAUGGCUUUGUUUCUGACCCUGGCUGUUUUGCGCAACACGAGCAAUGCUGAGAAGAGCGCAAAAGCCGGUACCUGGAGGGCAGUUCCGGGUCUUGUUCCUGGGAGGGAUCCGUCUGGCUUGACUUUGGGUAUUGUCGGAAUGGGAGCCAUUGGCAAGUAUCUCGCAAAGAAAGCGGCCGUCUUCAACCUCAAGAUUAGAUACCACAACCGACACCAGCUUCCCACAGAAGAGGAGGCAAAGUACAACGCAGUAUACUCCCCAACACUGGAAGAUCUCCUCGGCAAGUCCGACAUCGUGUCACUCAACUGCCCGCUGAACGCCGAGACGACGGGCCUGAUCGGUCCAGCAGAGUUUGCAGCAAUGAAGGACGGCGUUUUCAUCGUCAACACUGCCCGUGGGCCCGUCAUCAACGAGGCGGCUCUCAAGGAAGCCCUCGACUCUGGCAAGGUGGCACGGGCUGGUCUCGACGUCUUCUGCGACGAGCCCAAGCCUGACAUGGCCUUGGUACAGCACGAGAAUGUUAUUGCGCAACCCCAUCUUGGGGGCCUCACAGAUAUGGCUUUCCAAAAGGCCGAGAGGGAAUGUUUUGAGAAUAUUCGGGCUUUGUUCAAGAAUGGGAAGCCCAACUCCCCAGUUAUUGACAUCCCUGACAGGAAAGGGAAGGCUCUGGCCUAG